UACUACACUAUUUUUAUCAUCUCUUUCAAUCUGACACUUGUCCAGUGUUGCUUCUAAAUGCUCUGUUUUUCCUAGUAAAUAAAAAAUCUUUCAUUAAAUCAGUAACUCGGGCCGUGAGAAUUCUGGAGGUAUGGCUCAAAUUGUCGAUGCAUCCACUAAGUUUGAUGCAGAAGAGGAUAUAUACACUAAGGAUGGCACCGUUGACUACAAAAACAAUCCUGCUAACAAGAAGGUUACAGGAACCUGGAAGGCUUGCCCUUUUAUUCUUGGAAACGAGUGUUGCGAAAGAUUGGCAUACUAUGGAAUGAGCGCAAAUCUAUUGCUUUAUUUCAAGAAUAACCUCAAUCAGCAUAGUGCUACCGCCUCCAAAAACCUAUCAAAUUGGUCUGGAACGUGUUAUGUCACACCAUUGUUUGGGGCAUUUCUUGCUGAUGCCUUUCUUGGUAGAUAUUGGACCAUUGCCAUCUUCUCGAUAAUCUAUGUCAUGGGAAUGAGUUUAUUGACAAUAGCAGCAGCAGUUCCUGGCCUUAAGCCAACAUGUGUGUCAAAAGAAGAUUGCCAUGCUACUGGUCUAGACAUCGCGUUAACGUACAUGGCACUCUAUCUAGUGGCCUUAGGAACUGGAGGGAUCAAACCAUGUGUCUCAUCUUAUGGUGCAGAUCAGUUUGAUGAUGCGGAUGAGGUCGAGAAGGAGCACAAGAGUUCUUUCUUCAACUGGUUCUAUUUUUCCAUCAAUAUCGGUGCAUUAAUAGCCUCAUCGCUUCUUGUUUGGAUCCAAGACAAUGUGGGUUGGGGUUGGGGGUUUGGUAUCCCGGCUGUGGCCAUGGCACUUGCUGUUGCAUUAUUCUUUUCCGGAACUCGACGAUACCGGAAUCAGAAACCUGGUGGAAGCCCAUUGACCCGUAUUUGCCAGGUCAUUGUGGCUUCGUGGAGGAAACGCAGGGUCCAUGUGCCGGAUGACAAGUCCCUUUUGUAUGAGACCACAGAUGGAAAGUCUGUUAUCAAGGGAAGCCGCAAACUUGAUCACACAAAAGAUUUUAGGUCUCUGGACAAAGCAGCUGUGGAGUUACAAUCAGAUCAUAUGAAAGGAUCUGCCAACCCAUGGAGGCUUUGCACGGUGACCCAAGUCGAGGAACUCAAAUCCAUCAUCAAGCUACUUCCAAUAUGGGCCACAGGUAUCAUCUUCAGCGCCGUCUACAGUCAAAUGAGCAAUCUGUUCGUGCUGCAAGGUUCUUUCAUGAACAUCAAGAUCAAUAACUUUAAGAUCCCACCAGCAUCACUCAGCAUUUUUGACACCCUUAGUGUGAUUUUCUGGGUCCCAGUUUAUGACAGGCUCAUCAUACCCCUUGCCCGGAAAUACACGGGCCGCAAAUCAGGUCUUACUCAGCUCCAAAGAAUGGGCACGGGUCUAGUAAUCUCAAUUUUCGCAAUGCUGGCUGCUGGGAUAUUAGAAGUCGUCAGGCUCGGGAUUGUGAAAAGAAACAACUACUACGAUUUAGAGCACAUGCCCAUGUCGAUUUUCUGGCAGGUCCCACAAUAUUUCUUGAUUGGUGCUGCUGAGGUUUUUACAUUCGUAGGACAACUGGAGUUCUUUUAUGAUCAAGCCCCUGAUUCUAUGAGGAGUUUGUGUUCUGCUUUAUCGCUCACAACUGUGGCUUUAGGAAACUAUUUGAGUAGCUUGCUGGUGACGAUUGUUAUGGCGAUUAGUACUAAAGGAGGUAAACCUGGGUGGAUACCAGACAAUCUGAAUCAUGGGCAACUGCAGAACUUUUUCUGGCUUUUGAGCAUUCUUAGUGUGUUGAAUCUUGGAGUUUAUCUUCUCGUGGCUAAGUGGUAUACUUAUAAGCGUUCAGUUGGGACUCUUCGCUAGAAGGUGCAAAAAUGUUUACAUUUAUACCGUAAAGAAUUUGUUUACAGGUUUCUGACUUGUGAAUUUGAUGUUUUUAUGAGGUUCUGAAACUAUUGUUUGUGUCUAUUGUUUGAAAUUGGGAUUGCAUGAAAUGUAUAUCUUAUUCUUGCUCA